AUGGAGAGGAAUUAUCCCGCUGCAGGCUUCGGAGAUCUGGGGGCUGGGACGGGAUGGAGUUACGACAGAUCGGCCAAAGCAAGCCUCGUGUAUGGGAGCUCCAGGUCAUCCCACCCAGACUCAGAGCUGCUCCACCGGCAAGCCUACGGCACCCCCCACCCCCUCCAGGGCUAUGCAACCAAUCACCACCCAGGAAGCUCCAGACAGGGCGGGGCCUGGGGCGCCGCUGGACGCACACUAGGUCUGUCGGGACUGUUUGAUGCCAGCCUCCACCAUGCUGGCCCCUCAGGUCCCGACCCCUCCGUCAUGAAUCUGAUCUCAGCUCUGGAGUCCCGAGGUCCACAGCCCCCGCCCUCGGCUUCCUCCCUCCUAUCCCAGUUUCGCACUCCCUCUUGGCAGACUGCGAUGCACACACCGGCCCCCCCGGAGCUCUUUAUUUCAGGGGCACUUCCGGGGUCCAGCUCCUUUCCCUCCUCCUCAGCCCUGUCUGCGUACCAGCAUCCUGGCUCCUUCUCUGGCCGAUCGUUCACUCCCUCACUGUCCCUGCAGGACACGCCUACGUUUAGCCCAACGUCCAAUGGUUUGCUCUCCCCCCAUGAUCCCCUGCUGCACAUCAAAACCCCCUCCCAAUCCAGUUUGGGCUUUGAUCGCUUACUGUCUUCCCAGAGUGCCACCUACCGGGGCUCCCAGGAGCCCCCUGCCCCUCCUCAGACCCAAGCCCCUUCCACCUCUUCCAGUUGCCACCUGCCCCCUCCCCAGUUCAACCUGCUAUCCUCCCAGCUCCACAACCAGUCCUCCCAGCUCUAUAACGCGUCCAUGUUCUCCCCCUCCUCCCUGCCGCCUGCGCCCCCCCCCCAGCCCCCACCUCCUCCAGAGAGGGCGGUGUCCCGGCAGGACAGUGUGAUCAAGCAUUACCAACGUUCGUCCCCAGCCCAGUCGACAACACUCCCCCUGCAACAGUAUGUCAGCUGUGGUGGGUCAUCGGGCUACCAGCAGAUAGCCAGCCACCACCGGCAUGCUGGGAUGUCCUGUAGUCCCCUGGGGGAGCAGAGUCCGUCCUCUGACCCCAAGCCCUCACCACGGAUGGAGUCCCAGACAUAUCGACCUAUCAUCCAGACUCCUUACACACCCUCAUCCUCCAGCUCCUCAGCCUCCUCCUCAUCUGGCACUAAAGGAGCCAAGAGUUCUAGCUCCAGUAGUGGCUACUCCUCUUCAGGUUCAGCCUCCUCCUCCUCCCGUGCCCCACACACUCCACCAUCAGCCUCCUCCACUUCCUCUUCAUCCUCUUCUAGCUCCAAGACAAGCACUGGCCCCUUGUCUGCUCCCUCUCGUCAGCAGCCCCCACCUCAGUCGGUGCCAGCACCACCCCCUCUACCAGUGGUGUCAUCCACCCUCGUUCAGCAGCCAGCCCCCAAACAAUGCCUCUCCACGUAUGGCUCUCCGUCUGUGGCCAACUCAAGCACAGGCCUACCGGACCAGACCCCUCCCCAUCCACAUGCCCAGUCCUACUCUCCCAACCAGCCUCCCUCUGCACACAUGGCCCAGUCUUAUGGAGGCUUCAGCUCACCUCACGCCCAGGACCUGAGCUCUGGAGCGGGGGGACCUGGAGCGAAGGCCUUCACUGGCAUAGGUACAGGAGGACGCUCGUUCUCUGCGGAGAUAGUCUUUGGGGACUCGAGCUUUGGCUCAGCUUCUCUCAGAGGAGCAGGCAGUCCGUCCUUAGGGUAUGGGAAUGCUGGGGGAUCAUCAGGAAGUGGACCUGUAUCAGGAGCGGCUGGACUUGGUAGCGGAGUUGGAUCUGCAGGAUCGGGGAGCGGGGCUGCUAGUGUUGGUAACGGAGGCAGCAGCUCGUACCACCUGCCCGAGUCCAGUCCCUCGCCCUCCAUCAGUUCUACUAUCAGUCGCCCCGGGUUACACUCUCCUGCUGCUGCUCGCCCUGCGCAGUCCCCUGGAGGCUCCGGGGCCACCAAAUACUUGUCCUCCAUCCUCUCUCCUGCUUUUAUGUCCUCACCACAAGGUUUCCCUGAUACACGGCAAGCGCAGAGCCAGUCCUACAACUCUUCACCACCCAAACCAAAAACGGAGACCAACAUGCUGGGAGUGGAGCGAUCCCAAGAUGAGGAAGAGGAUGAUGAUGAUUUCCUCAUCCAUCACUUACUUCAUGCCCAGAGCUCGACUCCCCAUCCUUCCCAGCAUCACUCACCGACUCAGCAGCUCCCCCAGCCACUCCCACAGGCGCAGGAUGGAGAACGCAAGGAGGUCGCCUAUGACCUGAACAAGAUCUCAGAAGAGCGCUACCACGUUCAGAGCGUCAUUCGUACCAACAACACCUCCAGCACUUCAGGUCUUGUUGACGCAGCAAGUCGCUUAAACAGUCAGCUGGAAAUAUCACAGAAGAAACAGCAGCAGACCAAGUCAGAGCUGAACCUCCCCAAGUCCACCGCUGGGGGGGUCUCUGACUCUCUGUCCCACUCCCAUCAGCAACAGCACGACUCCAUGGGCUCCGUGGUCCACUAUGGAAGAGGGGACCCCUACGCCCAGCACCCACACCCCCAGCAUUCCCAUCACACCUCACAUGUGUCCUCACACCCUCAGCACUCUCAAAUCCCCCAGCACACUCAACACACACAGCACUCUCAACACUCUCAGCAUGGUCAUCCUCAUUCCCACCCUCACACUCAUCCUCACAUGGAGCUGAAGAAGACUUCAGAUGCAAAUGACAAUGCGUACCUGUGUAACACACCAGAUGUGCAGCAGACCCGACAAAGCCAGGUCCCCCUCUCUCUGAUGGAUUCACCACCGGACCCUCCCCAUCAAGCUCACAUGCUGCAGUCUGUCCUUUCCCAUACAACCCGCACCAAGAUGGAGCAAGCCCCUCAGCAACAGCAACAGCAACAGCAACAGCAGCAUCCUCUGAGCCAGCAGGCCAUGAUGGGGUCAGCCGGAGGACCGGGGCCUACUGGGGUAGAGGCCCACGCACAGAACCACUCGUCACAGUUGCAACUCCAGCUCCAGACCCAGACCCACUACAGCAUCGGAGCCCAGCCAAGAGAUCAAAGCCGAGCCAGUCAGAACUCGGUGUCCUCACUAGACAUGCUAGACCAGUCUCUGUCCCGGACCAACAGCAGAGACAGUGGAGGAGCUCUGGAGAGAACUGGGGUUGGGGUGACUGUUCCAGGGGGGGAGGGAGGUGGUGGGGACAGACAAAGACAGCAGCACAGACUUACGCCCCACCACCUCCCCCAACAAACAGAUCUCCAUGACUUCCUCUCGGAACCAGACUUGGGCUUGUCCACCCCCUCGCACCUGCAUCACAUCAACCAACCUCAGGCCCAUCCCCACCCUCACGGCCACCACCAACAGCAAGCACACGCACACCAUCAGCUGUCACACUCUCAGUUAGCUCACCCGCACUCCCACCGGAUGGCGGCAAAUAUGGGGACCCCGCAACAACAGCAACAUCCCCAACCCAGAGAGCCUGAGAGCCAGCUGUCCCACUCCCAGUUAGACCAGCUCAAACAGCACCAGUUUGACACAGUGAGCCCAGUGGGUAAAGUGGGACAGACUCAAGCUCAGCAGCAGCGGUUUGCGCCCCUGACAUCCAUCUGCUUUCCAGACUCUCUCUUGCACGAUGAAGACCGCUCCUUCUUCCCUGAGAUGGAGGACAUGUUUUGUCCAGCUGACUACAAGUCCAGCUGUGCUGCGGAUUCUGGAGCAGGACCGGCUGCUCAGGAAAGCCUGAACCAGGGUCACGUGCAGGGCCAAGAGGGGAUGGAGGCCUUAAAAACAGGAGGUGCUGGAGAGGGCUAUGAUAUGGUUGGUCACCAUAGUGACCAAGGCUACGGACAGUACUGCCACAACCUUCCAGGAACAGGAAAUGGCAAUCUGCACCUAGACCUGGACUCUAUGAAGACCCACGAGCUUCCCUCCACGGUGAAUACUGACCAGCUCGGCCUCAUCCAUUCCCAGACUCCCACUAUGGGAUUGAGUUCAGCAGUUCAAGGGGAUGGCACAGUCAACAAGAUGAUGGGAGCUGUGGGAGUGGGUGGUGGUUCAGGCGCUCCUGGUCUGACCUCACCUAUCUUCUGUUCGUCUCGACCCAAGAAGCUGCUGAAGACCAGCUCCUUUCACCUGCUCAAACAGCGGCGUGAGCCACAGCCUCAGACAAAGAAGAUCUAUGCGCAGGAGUACGAGUUUGAGGAUGAUGAGGAUAAAGCUGAUGUUCCAGCUGAUAUUCGCCUCAACAGUCGACGCCUUCCUGACCUGCUUCCUGACUUGGUGUCCAGUUGUAGGAAGGCUGGUGGGGCAUCAGGAGUAAGUGGGCUCAGUCCACUUAUGGGUGACAUGGAGUUCUGCCACCCCACCAGCUACUCUGCCCUUGGACACCCUCCACAGCUCCUUCCCCAUGAUGGCCCCAAGAAAAGGGGCAGGAAACCAACCAAACCAAAACGUGAGGGCCCUCCUCGCCCGCGAGGUCGACCACGCAUACGUCCUCUUCCAGAGCCUCCGUACUGCAGGGGGCUGAUGGGAUCAGUGGCUGGAGAAAGUAGGAGGGGUCGUGGUCGCGGUCGAGGGCGAGGCAGGAAGGAGGAAGGGCUUGUGGAAAUGCAUCGAGAUAUGAACAAAGCACAAAGCCUCCCAUAUCAGCAGCAGCAGCAGCAGCAGCAGCAGCAACAGUUCAGCCAACAGCAGCAUCUCCAACAGCAUCCACACCAACAUCACCGACAGCAGGCGGACCUCCAACAAGCACCACAACAACAGCAGCAACAGCAGCAUCACCUGCAUCAUCAUCAUCAGCAGCAGCAGCAGCAGCAGCAGCAUGUUUCCUGUACUCUUCACCAACCGCAUCAUCAACAGCAUCAUCACCAACAGCAACAGCAACCAUCCCAGCAGCCGCAGCAAGAUCCCAUCAGACCUAUCACGAUCAAACUGCCUGUUCCCACCAUGCCUCCAUCUGAAUCCUUGCUGAGGACGGACUCUCUGUCCAGCACCGACCCAGUUCUGUCUGACGGAUCUGUGGGGUCGGCGCCAUCCCUGGGCCUGAGUCCUGGACCCAGCACCACCAUGGAUAUCAGCAGAACUGAGCUGAACCAGACGCAGAACAAGAUGAUGAGGCAUCAGCAGAAAGAGAUGACGUGGAAGAAAGACGUGGACGAUCCUCUGAACUCUGAGGCCUGGGCUGCUCUUCACAAACUCUCCAGCUCAGCUGAUGAGAAGGCGUUCGACUUCAAACCUGGCUUCAUGGCCUCUUUCCUGGACUUCCUGAAGACAGGUAAAAAACAGUCGGGCCUGGACCAGGGACCUGACGGAGAUGAGCAGGAACCCCUGAACCCCUGCUCGUCUCUGAAGGGAGGGAUCACGCCCUUAUCCCCGCCUCCUCCUCCCCUACCACAAACUCCUCCUCUGCAGGCUCCCGGAUCCUUCAGUGAGGGAGGGCAGGGUGAGGGGGAGGACCUGGCUCUCAGCAGCUGCCCCAGUCCCUGCAAGCCUCUGGAUGAUGAGCUGAAAAGGAACCUGGAGACGCUGCCCUCCUUCUCCUCUGAUGAGGAGGACUCGGUGAGUAAGAACCAGGAUCUGCAGAAGAGCAUCUCAUCUGCCAUCUCUGCCCUCUAUGACACCCCUCACUCUCUGGCUGCUGCAAUGGCUUCUGCUAUGGUCAAAGCCCCGCCCACUCUGUCCCCACCUACCCCACAGGAGCCGCCGCUCAGCCCCCCUCUCCCCGCCAUGCCUCCACUCAUCCCCAGCAUGGAGAACGGAAAAGAGGAGGCGCUCACGUACACUCAGCAUCGCACACAGGAUGAGGAGCAAAACCUGGUCUCCCCAGAGUCCAACAGAGAGAAAGCAGAGGAGAGGGAGCCUGAACGAGGACCGGGGGCCCUGGAGGAGCAGGAGGAGGAGGAAGAUGAAAGGAUGUCUGACAUGCAGAUUUUGGAGGUUCCUAAGGUUGAAGAUUCUCCGUCAGGACCUGUGCUCGCUCCUGCACUUCCAUCUCCAUCACCAUCCAUCUCCCCCUCACCGCCCACCUACUCAUCACCAUCACCCCUCCCUCCCCUGUGCCUCUCUGUACCCUCCCCUCUGCCAGUCCAGCAGGGUGAGGAGGGGGUGAGUCCAGCCUACCCUCCCUCUGAGCAGCAGCAGCAACAGCCCUCCUACCAACCACCUCCAGCGGCAGGCACCUCCCCUCCCCCCUCCACCUCCCCCCCGGCCAUCCCAUCCUCACCACUCUCCAACCUUCCCCUGGCCCAGUCCAUCCCCCCUCCAUCCACCACUCCUCCCCCAUCAUCAUCUGAUCAGGACCAGGAACCUGAAGCUGGGCAGCCUUCCCCCUCUUCACCCUCCUCUUCCUCGCCCUCUUCAUCAUCCUCUCCGCCACCAUCACCUCCAACCCCGGAGGAGGCCCCAGCAUCGCAGCGCCUCACCUCCCUCCACCUGGCGAAGAAGCAGGCUGACGCCGCCAUCGCUGGGGAGAGUGAGGAGGAGGACAGCGAGAGCGGGGGCGAGGGGAUCUUCCGCGAACGAGAUGAGUUUGUGGUUCGAACCGAGGACAUCGGGACCCUCAAGAUGGCCUUGCAGACAGGCCGGGAGCCCCCGCCCAUCUGGAGGGUGCAGAAAGCCUUGCUCCAGAAAUUCAGCCCAGAGAUCAAAGAUGGCCAAAGGCAGUUCUGUGCAACCAGUAAUUAUCUGGGUUACUUCGGUGAUGCCAAAAUGCGCUACCAGCGUCUGUACGUGAAGUUCCUGGAGAACGUCAACAAGAAAGAUUAUGUCAGAGUGUGUUCUCGAAAGCCGUGGCACAGAGCCGGACUGACUCUGAGGAGGCAGUCACUGCCCAAACAGCUGCCCACCAUUCACAGUCAAACCCCCCCUCGAGUGGACAGAGACGACAAGGAGAGACAGAGAGAAAGAGAGCUGAAGGAGCAGAGAGAAAGGGAGCACAGGGAGAAGGAGGAGAGAGAGCAGAAAGAGAAGGAGAGACUGGAGAGGGAGCAGAGAGAGAGGGACCGCAAAGAAAGAGAGAGAGAAGAGCGAGAGAGGAGAGGUGACACAGUGGAGUUUGCAAGGUUGAAGGAGGAGAAGAGGAUGGAGCAUCAGUCCAGAGCCAAGACGUCAAAGGACAAGGCAGAGCCUCCUCCCAAGAAGAGGAAGAAGUGGCUAAAGGAGGUGCCGUCCUCCUCCUCUGAGUCUGACUCCUCUCCACCCAGUGAUGAAGAAGUGCAGCCUCUCUGUGUUUCAGGGCCUGUUCGAGGUGGAGUCAACAGCCGAGCCAUGAGGGAGAUGUUCAGGAGCUAUGUGGAGAUGCUGGUCAGCACAGCACUCGACCCUGAUAUGAUCCAGGCCCUGGAGGACACUGAUGAUGAGUUGUACCUCCCACCCAUGAGGAAAAUUGACAGCCUGCUGAGUGAGCAGAAGAAGAGGUUGUUGAGGAGAGUCAACAUGAGCGCUCAGCACCAGGAGGCUUUACAUAUAUUCCCCAAAAUGACGGCCGACCCGCUGGACUCUGGAGCCGUCAAAGUUCAUCUUGGUGGGGAGGGCUACAACCGCAAAACUCUCAGCCGGGUCAAGAGGAGUAUUCCCAAGCAACAGGAUCUGAAGAUUUCCAUUGAGACAUGUCGGAUCUACAGUCUGUAUCAUUCCCUGCACCACUACAAGUAUCACACCUUCCUGCACUGUAAGAAGGAGACCGACAGCAUCGAGCAGGCGGCGGAGGACCCCGGCCAGGAGGAGGUGGUGCAGCAGUGCAUGGCUAACCAGGGCUGGCUGGAGAGUCUCUUCAACUCCUUCAUGGAACUACUGGGCCUCAGUGCCAAGGCCUGA